AUGUACACCGGCGGUGAAGUUCGUGUUGAAAAGGAUUUAUCUCAAGUUGCAUUGGGCCCGACACCUUUUCCUAAUUUGGCUCAUUUAGUUGUUGGCUUUCAGGUUUAUUUAUUUUUUCACUUAUUUUCAGAAGAUGGUUUUAAGGGCGUUGGAAUGCUUCAUGAGGAUUUUGUACCAUUUUGUGUUUUGCAAACUUUAAUGGGUGGUGGCGGAAGUUUUAGUGCUGGUGGACCAGGAAAAGGAAUGUUUUCACAACUUUAUAUGGAUGUUUUGAACAAGCAUUAUUGGAUCUAUAAUGCUACUGCUCAAUAUCAUUCUUAUACUGAUUGUGGAUUAUUUUGUAUUAAAGGAAGUGCUAGCCCUGAAUAUGCCACAAAAUUAACAACGAUUUUUGUUAAUCAAAUGCGCUCCCUUAGUGCAGGUCUAAUUCGAAAAGAAGACUUGGCACGUGCAAAAGUUCAAUUAAAGUCACAACUAUUAAUGCAUUUGGAGAUGAAACCUGUUCAAUUUGAAGAUGUUUCUAGACAAAUGCUUGUAUAUGGGCAGCGAAGAACACCUGAGGAACAUGCUGAACAAAUUGACCGCGUCGAAAUUGAUGAUAUUGCCCGAAUUGCUGAUACAAUGUUACUUAACCGGCCUUCUCUUGUCUGUUAUGGAGAUGUGCGUUGGAUGCCAACAUUGGAUCAAGUACGAAAGAUGUGUGAGUGUUAA